AUGGCCAUCAUGGUCGAGGUCAUGGACAUAGGCAUGGCCAUCAUGGUCGUGGUCAUGGACAUGGGCAUGGCCAUCAUGGUCGAGGUCAUGGACAUGGGCAUGGCCAUCAUGGUCGUGGUCAUGGACAUAGGCAUGGCCAUCAUGGUCGAGGUCAUGGACAUGGGCAUGGCCAUCACGAUCAUGGCCAUCAUGGUCACGGGCCCGAACAGGGCCAAGUACUUCCGCAAGUCGGUGGUGCCUUACAUGCGGACGGUGGCGCCGAGCACAAUGCUGGAGCAGGUUGCGGCGGCUGAUGCGGCGGCAAGUGCCCUGCAGACCAUGGGCGGUGCGACUUCGGGCGGCGCUUCGCGGCUGGGCGUCGACUCGCGGAGCGGGAGACUGGCUUCCGCAGCGGGCGCGACGCGGACGUCAGCGGUCGACGCCGGGCUGCAGAGCGCCGGCGAGGGCGCCGGCAGCAGAGGCACGCGUGAGGGCGCACGGUCUGUUGGCGUCCAGACCCUCUACCGCGAGUCUGAGGCGCAAACCGAUCCAUACACGCCCGAGUACGUGACCCGAGACGGCGAAGAGCCCGAGCUCCUCUCGCUCGCCAUGUUUACCUACGGCCACGGCCUUCCAGUCACGAUGGACGAGAUCGAGUUGAUUGAGAAGGCGCGCGAAAAGCGGGCGUGGGAGGCCUCGCUGCCGCCCAUUGACGACCCGGACCAGUUUGAGCUCCGCCAGCGGAUGAUGGAGGAGAUGGAGAUGCAAGAGUGGCGCGAGCGCGAGGAGGAGAUCGAGCGUCUGCAGCAGGCCCGGCUCGAGGUCCUCCGCCAGAUGAUCGAGCAGGCCGACGUCGAGAACGAGGAGCUGAACAACGAGCGCGUUGCCGAGGUCUGGCGACUCAACACUCUCGCCAAAGAGGUCAAGGUCUCCAACGUCCAAGCCGCCCGCAUCAAGACCCUGCGCAAGCUCGCCCGCCGCCGCAAGAAGCUCGACCCGCUGCUCUCGCUCUCGGCGCUCGAGGCCACCAAACGUGACAUUGUGGCCGAGUAUGCAGACUUUGGCUCGCACGUCUACGCCGGGGCCAAGCGGAGCGGCAAGGCCCGCGACACCCAGGACACCGCCCAGCUGUACGACAUCUCCUAUGCCAUUGACCUUUCGUCGCGCGCCGCGCUCGACGAGCUCGAGGCCUUUAUUCCCACCGACGCCUUUACCCCCAAGAUCGACAUCCCCAUCCGCCAUACCAAGGCCCGCACCCCGGCCGAGCGCAAGAUGCGCAAGGUGACUCAGCAGCUCGAGGUCGUCGACCGCGCCAUCAAGAAGCGCAAGGACACGUCCCAGCGCCCGCGGACGCCGCUCACCUGCGCCCAUCGCAUCGAAAAGCCGCCGCCGCGGCCGCCCACCCCGCAGCUCCACCAGCCCGAUAAGGCCGAGGAGGAGAAGGACGUCGCCGUCAUCCUCAUCCAGUCCCUCAUCCGUGGGCGCGCCGUUCAGAACACGAUGUUCGAGGGCAAGGAGCGCCGGCUCCCGCUCAUCCAGGAGCUCCGCUCCGUCCACGCCGUCUCCCAGGUCGAGCGCAACGAGCUCGCCCAGCUCCGUCGCGACGCCCUCGCCGCCCGUGCCGCCCGCGACAAGACGGCGCGCUCAGCCAAAGCCAAGUCGGCCGCCGUCGAGUCUGCGCUCGGCUCGGUUGUCGGCAACGCGCUCGAGUACUUUUCAAAGCAGCUUGUUCGUCUCCGCGAGGAGCGCCGCAUCGCGGCCAUGGUCAAGCUCGCCGAGCGCGAGCGCCGCCGCCGCGAGGCUGCAGAGUCCGGCCGCCGCGUCGCCGAGGAGGCCCGCCGCAAGGUCGAGGAUGAGAUCUUUGCACAAAUCAUGGGCACCCACCAAGAGUCAGUUGACUCGUACAUCGAGUCGGUCCUCUCCUCGGCCGUCGCCGCCACCUCACGCGACCAGGCGCUCGACGAGGCUCGCCUCAAGGCCGCCCAGCUCAACACCCUCGUCGACGAGCUCGAGGCUCAGCGCGAAGAGCCGAGCGUCGUUGUUCGCGACCUUGUCACCUCGUUCCUCUUCCCCGAGGUCGAGCGCCGGACCCUCCAGGCUCGUGUCGCGCACCAGCAGCGCCGCUUUCUUGCAGGCGCCCAGGCCGCCGUCCGCGCCUCGGUCGCCAACAACGCAGCAUCGUUCUCCGACGCCGUUGCCCCGGCCCCGUCGCGCGCACGACCCGGCUCGUCGCCGCUUGUCCCGCGCCCAUAAACGUCUGCCAAGCCGUGGCAAACUAC